AUGAUCAAGAAAGCCUGGGAGCCCCGCGCACAGAAGAAGAGGGAAGAGAAGCAUGUGCCCUUGCUGCAUAUCGCAAGGGACGUGGACGAUCUCAACAAGUUGAUGGCCAUGGUUUUCGACGACGAGGAGGUGUUCGCCCAUCUGCGGAACAAAGUUUUCGUCUACACCCACCAGCAGUCCCAGCUCGACAACAAGAUCCCGAAUGAGAGAGUGGCCUUGAUCGGCGAGGAGCUCCAGCAUAUUGGAAAGUGGCUGCAGAAGUGCGAGGAUUCUAUCUCUGAUGAAGCCAACCUUAUCCUCGUCACCACGGCUGAAGAUGUCGAUGACAAGACGUACUAUGGGGAGUGGGGGCCCUACGAGGCCUCCUUGCGGACGCAGCUUAAGACUGCGAGGACUUCAUCGCUCCCGGCACCCGCCGCCGCAUACCCGUCGGCUGACCAGCUGCAACACUCCAAGGCUCAGAAGGCUUUCAAGGGUUCUCGUAAGAGAGGAAUUGACGAUGGAGACCUGGAUGGUAUUGACGUGGGCUAUGAUGCAGAGAUUUGA